AUGGACUGGCCCAAUAACCUUCGACGUACACAGGGGAAAACCGUCGUUCGUCCUCCUUCUACUGCUGUACUUGGGUCUGUUUGCCCCAAAUUCUUUCCACACUUAACCACGUUGCAUAGCCGCGCUCUGGUGUCCUGUGAAUCUCCCAGGAAGGUUUGUGUUUUCCUCGCCUUUGAUGGUUCCUUCUCUGCUUGUGGCCAGGCCCUUAAUGGUUACAUUUCCUUCUCCUCUCGAGUACCUUCCAGCUGGUCGCCAACUUCAGUAUACGAUCGUCUGGUCAGGUAACCUCAUAAUGUGUUUCCUUUCCGUCAAGAAACACUGAAGUCUAACCGAUCCGUCGCUUUCCCGAAACUUGAGGUUCAGCUCUGGAUCGUUACCAUUGCUUCGCUCAAGAUGAGUGGCUUUGGUGCCUCUCUUUACAUUUUGCACGAUCAGAAAAUCAACCUCUCUAAAUUCUCCAGCUCCAAAUAAAAAAAGCACCGAGCCUUUUAGUUGCAUGUUUAGUAGAUCCAUAGCAGCCGCUGCUAGGCACUUUACCCCACACAGUACCGACAGCAAGCCGUGGGUCCAAACUUUUAAUAAGCUCUGUCGUUGUCAUUUUCUCAUUCUUUUCAUGACUUUGUUCUUGUAAACCGUUAGCCGUUAACAGAUGUCGCUGGCCCACCAAGCUAUCUCUACCAUCAUGCCACCUGAUCUUGCAAGUUGCAAUUCACCAGCUUGUGAUUACCCCCACUGUAGAGUCUGCUAAAGUAGUAUAUGGUGGAUCAAAAUGAAACCGUAUUUUUCGGUGGGCGUUAUUGCUGUAUUUUAGCAUUUUUUGAGCUCAUCCGAAUAAAGUGUGGAUGAGCUCAGAAAAGCUUAAGUACAGCAAUAACGCUUACAGAAAAAGUGCAGUUCAUUUUGAUCGACAAUAUACUACUUAAGUUAUAGCAGCAUUGAAACGAAUUUCCCUUGGCUGCCGAUGGAAACGGUCGGUCUGCGCCCACAAAAACGGGUUUCUCUCUGGUGUCAGAGAGAAACAGAAAAUACCCGGAGAAAUGUCUCGAUGUUUGAUUGAUGGCUUGCCGAGGCGGCCACAGCGGAUAGAUUUUUCGCAUUGGCUGCAGCGCGAGUAACCAAUUAGAGAUUGGCAAAAUGUAUACAUAAAUAUAUACGAUAGAAACCCACUCGUUCACAUCAGCACUAGAACAAAACCUGCGCAAAGGGAGCCUGUGCCACGAUCAAGAAGAACAAGCGCGCUGACUGCGAAAAUAUGACCCGGCCCUUUAUCCAAAAACUACAUCGUAGAAGCCUUACCAGCGAGGCGCAAUAUACCAGCCUGGUAUGUGAAUGUGGCCCAAGCGUAUCAAAUCAUUGUUGUUAAGGGGCAAGGGCAACGAGUCAUCAAAUCCAUCAUCUUUCACACCUGAAUCGUUCGCUUUACAGGCAAAUAAUGGAUACAGCCGAAGGGUUUAAAAGAAAUUAUUCUUAUUACAACAGGCUUAGAAAUAUCGAAACCGAGCAAAACGAUUCCAUGGCUGGAAGAAGGAAUGAAAAGUCGGUGGUUUAACAAUCGUGAAGAGGCAAAAGGCCGAAUACAGAGACAAGAAAAAAGCAACGUUAGAUAAUGAAACAUUCACUCGGCCCAACACAAAAUAUGCAUCUUUAGUUAUAUGUCCAUCCAAUGCAAGGUAAUUUUGGACAACCAACCGCUGCAUGUUGGGAAGGACCAAGAAAGGUUUGUAUGCAUUGGAUACUUUCAACGACAAUCUGUGUGUUUUUCGUUGUUUGGCAGUGCAAAGAGGAGCACAUAAAAAAGAAUAAUCUGAAAAAAACAAGAUGCACCAUAUCCCGUUAAGUGCGAGGUAUUUCAACCAAGCAAUCAUUGUUUACCAUGUUUCGGAUGAAGACGUGUUUGGGUUAUGUGGUCAGUUUACCCCAGAAGAGAAAGAGGAAAAAGAAAAACAAUAACCACCAAUGACCAUCGAUCAGUUUUACGCCAUACUGCAAUGUGCACGAACAGGCAAACAAAGAUAGCCUGUUUGGAAGAAAAGAUUUGGGCGCCAGAAUUCCUCUACGAAAGAGCAUUUUAUCCAAGGGGUAAAUACGGAAGACCGCCUUUUAUUGGUUAGAAAGCGAGGCAAAGCGGCAUGGAAUCCACAUCCAUUAUCAACUGAGUGGGCAGGGAGGUGAACGGUUGAUCGCCAGGCAUCCAGUGGACGAGUAUCAUCACGAGAGUAAAACAGUAUACUAGUUCCACGGUUGUCAUUUCCACGGAUGUUCACAAUGUUACCUGGACAGAGAUUAUGUUUUGAGCAGGAAGAAAGGGAAGAAUGUAACACGAGAAGAUGUAUAUUAAGAAUGUUGCAAGGAAACGAAACAAUCGUCCAAGCGGAAUACAAGUUGGUUGUGCGGUGGGAGCAUGAGAGCAUGAGAGACCAUAACCAAGGCGUUGCAAGCUUCCAUGCAAGCAGAAUGAGACGUUUCCGCAUGCAGUUGUGUUCAAUUUUAAGGCUAUCAAGACCCUGGGAAAAGGAGACGCCCACAGCAGAUUUGGUUUUCGAGAGCGAUACGUCCCUGUAUCAGUGUCCCUUGCAGACACGUUCGACGGAGAGCCGAAGCAUAUUUCAGCAAAAGACCCGAAUGAGCCGUUAA